GUCAGUCAGGAGGCGGAAGUUGGUGCCGGCGGGAAUGUUGUAGCGCGGCGCAUUGCUGCACUCUCGCCGGGUUCUGCGUGGGCGCGCCCCCCUUCACUGCGGCGACCGGACAGCGAGGUUUCUCGAGACUCCUUGCAUUCCGCAUGAUUGUAAAGUCCUGAUCAGUGGCCACUGAAUAUAAUUGAAACAGAAUAGGAAGAUGGCAGCAAAUCCUUCAGGACAAGGUUUUCAAAAUAAAAAUAGAGUUGCAAUUUUGGCUGAACUGGACAAAGAGAAAAGAAAAUUACUUAUGCAGAACCAAUCUUCAGCAAGUCACCCUGGAGCUAGCAUCUCCCUCUCCAGACCCUCUCUUAACAAGGACUUCCGGGACCACGCUGAGCAGCAGCACAUCGCGGCCCAGCAGAAAGCAGCUUUGCAGCAUGCUCACGCACACUCAUCUGGAUACUUCAUAACUCAAGACUCUGCAUUUGGGAAUCUCAUUCUCCCCGUUUUACCUCGCCUUGACCCCGAAUGAAGAAGUGUCUGUGGUAAAGGGACCUUGUAAUAUCAGAUGUCAGAAGUUCUCACUCAGCUCUAUACAAACUCUGACUUUGAGAACUUUGGAGAACUUAGCUUUUGUUUCUUUAAAGAAAGGAAUAAGUAAGUGAGGGGAAAGAAAGAGGAGCUGGGCAGCGAGACCCCAGGACGUGGUGGCAGCAGAGGACCUGGCUGUGCUGGCUGAGACCGACAUCUUUGCAUUGCCAUUGGACUUCCCUCAGACUCAGAAUCGAGGAGUGUCGUGGCCUCUGCAUCACCUUCAACAAGUUGGAUUGAAUUAUCACGGGGGAAGCCCUGGGCUUGACCCCAUCACCGUAGACAAGCUCUGAUGGCACACACCUAUGAUCUCAGCACUAGAGGGAUAGAGCAGAAGAUCAGAAGUUCAAGGCCAUCCUUGCCUAGGUAGUGAUUUUGAGACCAGUCUGAGGCAUAUGAGACUGCGCCUCAAAAAACGACCAAAAACAAACAGAAGCCAUUAAUAGUCCUAACUUUAAAGAAAUGAGGAUGCUUUUUAAAAUGUGAAGAACAGGCUCACAUACUUCUUUGUGGUUUCCUGUGUUAAGAAACAAACUGUCUAGAAAUAGGCUGUAAGUUAAUGACUGGUUCCCCUAUCUGAAUCUUAAAAAACCUCCAAGUCAGACUAAAUGACCAAGCCGUCUUAAAUCUUUUUCAAAUCAAUGCUACUAUGACAGCAAAUAAAGGACGUGACUAACUACUGUUAUGACGCGGCUUAAGUAACAGGGCGGCUGUGAACGUGUGUGUCUUUAUUUCAUGUUGCUACACAAGUGUGUGCCUCAGUGGGUUUAUUUUCUAUUUUUUAUCUAAUUGAAAACUUAAAUUAGACAAAUUAAGGCUUUUUAAGUCAUUUUAAAUAAUGUUAACCAAGUUGCUCAACAGGGCCAAACUUUGACAAGAACUGAGGUGCUUGUGUGUACAUGUACCUCCUACUACCCUCCCUUUGCCCUAUAGAAUUAGAAUUUGAUUCAAGUGUGAAAAGUAUAAUACCUUACAAAAAAUAUCAUGAUUAAAAUUACAUUUUAUAAGGG